AUGGGCACUCCCCAGGGGGCCCUUAGAAUAACAGGCUUCACCAAAACGAGCUCCCUGAUCUACUUCCUCCUCACCACCGGCGUCUUCGCCGUCUUCUGUAUAUCUGAGUUGAGAUGGCUAAAUUAUGGCAAUCGAGAGGAGGGGGGUUGGUGGCUGGAAUGGAGAGGUGCGCGGACGGUGGGUGAGGCAUAUUGGUUUCGAGAACCGACCAUGAAGUUGGGGAUUCAGUUGCAUUUAUGGAGCGUUAUUCCUGCCGGAAUCUUAUUGCCUCUACAAUUCCUCCCAAUUAUGCGAAGGAAGUACAUGUAUCUACACAAGAUUUCAGGGAAAUUCCUUUUCGUAGCGUUAAUGAUGGGCAAUAUCACUGCGAUUAAGAUUGGGCCCCGUUCCUUCGGUGGCAGCUUCGACCUCCAAUGCUUCGUCUGGGCCUUAUCAACGGCAAUUACAGUGUCAAUCUACAAGGCCUGGAGCGGUAUCCGCAAUCUCCAUAUCGACCAGCAUCGCGUAUGGGUCAUUAGAUGCUGGGCAUAUGCUUGCUCUAUUCUCUCGCUGAGAAUAUGGAUGACGCCCCUCAUCCUGAGCAUACUGCGCUUCGCCCCAAAUAGAUACCAUUUCGUUAAAAGCUGUAGCGAAAUCGCCUUCCUUUACACCACCAGAGCACCGGAAGAAAUGGCAUUGAUGCUCACUCGCUUUCCUGCAUGCGCCAAUCUCACAGCUGGCGUGGAUACAAGUACGUAUGUUGCUGUGCUGGCGGGUAUGGAUGCGAGGUAUCCGGAGCAGAAGGCUGCAAUGUUCAAUCUAGUUUUUUGUUCGUCGGGUGUGCUGGGAUUCCUUUUGAAUGCUGCUUUGGCAGAAGUUUAUUUAAACUAUACUACAGAUGAAGAUGAGAGGCUGAAGAAGGUUUCGGUGGCUAGAAGGAAGGCUGCAGGGUUGGUACCAAAGGAGCCGAAAGCCAGCAGCAAUGGGACUUGA